AUAUCGGCCUUUUGUUGUAUAAAUGCUUCACAUGGAGGUAUUUUCGACUAUAUGUUUACUGUGCUUGCACAAUUUCGCUGCGAAACGCACGAUACGGAUGACGUAGUGCGCAGCUUUUCAGUGACGUUUUCAGCGUUGUUGGCGCGGGUAAACACACUGGUGAAGUUCUAAGGAGCUUUGCAUAAACCAGCUCAGUUAAUCCCCGCAGGUCAGCUAGGCCUUUGUCACAAUGCGCUCGAAAACCGAGUGAAACGUCGUCUAACUAAGACACGGAUCCCUCACUUUAAUCGAUGCAAGGCCGAGCUACGUUGGCUAGUUUGCUGGAGCGCGCCGUUGCUUAUACAACAUAAUGCUAGUGAAUGCAACGCGGGGUUUCCUGUGGUCGGACAUGGAGACGAGGGCGCUGCUAAACAUCUGGGGAGAACACGACGUGCAGACGGCGCUGGAUGGGAACUUCAGGAACAGUCACGUAUAUCGAGACGUCGCGAACCGCCUGUGCGAACUGGGCUUCGAUCGGACACCGGACCAGUGCAGGAUACGGGUCAAGAGCUUAAAGAGGCAGUAUUUUCAAGCGAAGGAGGGAUCCAAGAAAAAUGGGCAGUACCACAAGAUGUGCAAGUUCUACGACGAGAUGGAGAGGAUAUUGAGCAGUAGACCCCUGGUUGAGAGACACGACAUUGACAGCGUUGCUGUUGGAGGAGAUGAAACGAUGGAUGAAGAUGCGGAGAGUACGGAAAUGUUGCACGAGACUCAAAUGGAUGGCAGUGGUGAAUGCUCGUUUAUGGAGCAUCAAGUGAAAACUGAAUAUCCAUCCUUCCCUAUUCCAGUGACAGUGGGUGUCAUGAGUUCAUUCCCAGCGAAACAGAGCAACCUGCCGAAAACAAGCGCCGCUUCAUCCUCAGCUAGCAGGCCGCGGCGAAGCAAGAAGAGGUUUGCGAACAUGUCGCUGGAGAAACUGAUGGAGAAGUUUUUGGAGCAGAGCAUGGAAGCCGAGGAGAACUUUUACAGACUCGAGGAGCAGCGUCUUCAGGCCGAGGAUAAGCGCAGGGAGGAUGAACAUUCCAGAGAGCUGCAGAUGCUUCACAUGUUGGGGCAGAUUUUUACGGGCAUCAGCGCAUCAUCAUCAUCUGUAACGCCACCCACUCCGCAGCCCUCUGGUAUCCCCCAGACUAACCCCGCCGUAUCCCUUGCACAUCAGUCUGUUGGAAAUCGUAAUCGUCCGUCUGCCUUGACCGAGUUUGCCAGCCAAAGCCAACCAGCUGGCCCAGGUCUGCUCAUGGAGGAGGGUGACGUUGAAUUCAUAGAGCGCUCUUUCUCCUUGGGCACAACUGCAAUGGACAGUGUAAUACCUCUCGUAAGAAACACAAUUCCUCCACUGACAUCCAAAAAACACAAAGGUCAGGAUGGACGUAUCGGUAUCAUUGGAGGAUGUCAAGAGUACACAGGUGCACCUUAUUUUGCAGCUAUCUCUGCUUUAAAAGCAGGAGCUGAUCUGUCUCAUGUAUUCUGCACCAAAGAUGCAGCCCCAGUGAUCAAGUCCUACAGUCCUGAACUCAUCGUCCAUCCUGUGCUAGACAGUCCCAAUGCCGUGGAGGAAAUCGAGAAAUGGCUGCCUAGACUUCACAGUCUGGUUGUCGGGCCAGGUCUAGGAAGGGAGGAUAAGCUACUGAAGAAUGCAAAGGAAAUUAUAGAGCGGUCAAAACUCAGAAGCAUCCCAGUCAUCAUUGAUGCCGAUGGACUUUGGUUAGUGGCGAAAGAGCCAUCUGUCAUUCAAGGAUAUCAGAGAGGCAUCCUCACACCCAACAUUAUGGAGUUUAGUCGUCUAUAUGAGGCCAUGCACCAUGAACCUCUGGACAGCUCUGACCACAAGAGAAGUGCACAGCAACUGAGCAUCGCCAUGGGCCACCUGACCUUGGUUUUGAAGGGGGAGGAGGACAUAAUUACUGAUGGAAAAACAAUGCUAACCUGUAGUCAAGAGGGCAGCGGACGUCGUUGUGGGGGACAGGGAGAUCUGCUGUCAGGCUCUUUGGGAGUCUUCGCCCACUGGGCAUUCAGCUCAUCUCCAGAUGCAACUAAAGGCAUGAAUCCCUCACUAGUAGCAGCGUUUGGUGCUACUGCUCUAACAAGGCAAUGUAAUCGCCAGGCCUUCCACAAACAUGGCAGAUCUACAACCACCUCUGACAUGAUCCAGGAGAUAAGCAGUGCUUUCAAGAAGUUGUUUGAAAGCUAAACUACAUAUAUCCACUCCCUUAUUGAGAUCAUACAUAGUUUAAAAUAAAAAAUAAAGUCUGCAUCUCCACACCACUCAAAUAAAUAAAACACACUGUUGAUCAUCUAAGUUCAUAUUCUCUUUUUUAUUUUAAAGUGCCUCUUGUAGUUUUGCAAUACACUAUCAACCGCUUGUCCACUUUCAUGUCUAUGUGGUGGCAAAGCCCUCUGUAAAUGUCAUACACUGUUUUUUAUGUAUAAAUAUAUAUAGAGAGAGAAAUCUGUAGAUGUGUGUUUUAUGUUUUAGAGUAUUUAGAUUUGUAGAUGAUACCCUAACCUACCAAGAGAGUUUUAACACUCCACCUCUCUAGGAACGAAUAGCUCUGUUGUCACUACUGGCUGCAAUUUAUUUAUCGGUCUGCUUAAAAAUGUCACUUUCAAGUAUUUAAGCAAAUGCUGUAUCUUUAUAAGUGAUGUUUUCCCAAAAUUAGGCUAUUUAACAUCUUAUGUGUCACAGUAACUCACUAUUUUAUAUGUGAGACAAAUUACAAAUUUUUCCAAGUUUCUGUCAUUUUUAUUAGUUUGUUAUUUUACCUAUUAAACUAACCUGAAAGUUUUACAUUA